CAUUCAGAGAAGCAAUUGCCCGUCAUUCAUUAGAUGCGACAAACACUUUCAAAGCUGACAAGUUGAGUUUCAAGGGUGUGCAGUACAGAAUUGGAGAUAUCAUGAUAAUAAAUCAGUCAAGUGUAUCAGAGUUAACAAUUGGAAAAAUUCAAAGCAUGUUAGUCAAUAAUGAGCAGUUGUAUUUAGUUGUUAGCCGUGGAGUAUUUUUCUUUGUCCCUGCAAUGGAACUAUUUGCAUGUGAGGAGGAUUUAAACACUGGCAAUUUAGUAUGUAACUCCAUUACUGAAUUUGCAGAUUACUGCCCUGUUGCUGUGUACCAGGAAGCUGGAACAAACUUCUUGUCAUUGAGACAAGCUAUUUCAGUCUAACACAAUGGAACAGAACACUAUGGAUCAAAUGGAAAUAUGUUGUGAAAGUGGCAAUAUUCCACAAAGUCCUAAAGCUGUAUCAGACUAUGGACUAAGGGCAACAUUGAGAAAAAGUGUAGUUGACAUAUUGGGGAAUUUGGAAGAAAGUGUUAUCUCUGAAAUUGUUCAGGAGUUGGAGAAACUUGGUGUUGUAACCAUUCAGGAUUUAGAGUGGAUCCAUGAAGACGAUCUGAAGGGAAACAUUCGACCUGUCCAUGCACGGAAACUUUUGAGAAGAUCCUUGAUGCAGAGUUCCACCAGAAUAUCAGCUGUUCCAGGAAGUAGCUGUUCUUCCAUGUCACCUUUGUCACCUACUUCGCCAUCAUCGAGUGAUUCGUCCAUGAAGUUUUCACCGAAAAGUCCGAAACCCAUCAUGUAUUCAAAUCGAGACCCCAAUUGGCCGGUUAAGAUGGAACUUCCCUGGGAUGAUCUGAACUGUUUAACCAAGGAGGCCCUUGUACAGGGUAAACGCUUAACACCAGAUGCCAAGAAGGAGGUUGUACAUAAGGUUGUGGAUGUUGUAAGACGAAACACACAUCAUGCCCUCCGACCUCAGUUUUCGAUCAUUGCACAAAGGAUGGUAGCUAAGUAUACACAAAGUCUUCAAGACAAAAUUGAUGACAGUGUGGUGGGCUCUGGGUAUGACACUUUGUUAAACAAAUUAGUGACCAGGAACCAAAAUCUGAAUCGCGGAUCCUCAAAAUUCUGCAUGUCAGGAAAGAAACGGCCUAUGCAGAAUACAGAAACUGAAUCUGGUAGUGACGAUUCCAGAAAUGAAGUCAAAACAAGGAGGGAUUCCUAUGGUUGUGUUAAAUGGAUGCCAGAGUUGAAAGGUGAUAAAGUGAAGGUCAUGGAGGAAAUCAGGGAUGCCCUGAUUGAGAUGAAUCAGUGUAAUUCUGACAAAAAAGAUGUGAACAAGAUAGAAGAGAACAUGUUGUCAUGUUAUGCUCUGCAGAGAAGGGACAUCAAUAGUGGAAUGUCAGUGGUGGAUCUCAAAUUAUCAUGGCCAUUUCUGUUCAGUAUUCAAGGAGUUCUGUGUCACUCCCAGGAAUUACUUGGUUUUAAUGUGCGAUCCGCUCUGGGAAAUGCAUACGCCAAGAAAGGACCUCGACUAAACAAUUUCUUCAGGAAAUCAUCUGAUGGAAAUGAAUUCAUCUUUGAUGAAGCACGACGACAGAGUAGUCAAGAUAACCUGAAGGCUUGGUUGUCGGCAGUGGUACUGUGCAUAAUGGGACACCUUGGAGAAAAGGAUGAAGAGCUUUUCUAUGUUGUAGAUGAAACAUCAACUGCUGCAGAAGUCCAGGCUUCCAGUAAAACAGAUUCACCUGUGUUGGUGGUUUUGGGUGACUCUGUAUUAGCUGGGAAGAGCUACAUGGUAAUGUGUGACCGCCAAAUCCUCAUCCCAAGAUGUCACAGUUUCAUGGAUUCGUUCUCAGCCCUCUUUGCAUCAUACUACAUCUUCAACCUGCAAUACCAGACCGGGGCUGCAGCUACACUUGAGUUCAUUCAAAGCCCACCUGGACCAAAGGUCAUGGCAGCCAUAUUGAAAAUGCUGAAAAGGUCGUCUUCAAAACUACUGGGCCGAUGAAGCUGAAGCUUGGUGUGUUCCAAACCAAUGAUGACACUCAGAUGUGUUCAAGGCAUUCGGAUCAGAUUUCCAAUAUGGCCGCCAAUACCAUUUUGUUUUUUUUGGUCAGACAUUGAUUAAGCAAUUGAGUUGAAAAUUGCAGUGGUGGUAGCUAGCACAAAGGCCACAAACACAUUUGACUAGUUUUGCUGUAUUUUGGUAUUAAACCUGGAUUUGACCUUUGAAGAUUGACUACGCCCCUGCUAAGUCCAUUGUUAAAUGUUAAAUUUACUUGACAAAGUGAAUAUAUGUAGCCAGAACAUUAUGGCAGUGAAUCUUCCUUUGUUUUUUUCAGGUGCUUCAUUGGUAUCAAUCCUGAUAGGGGAUCCAAAGGCAAUAAAGGGAAAAAGAAGAAAACUCAGAUGGGUGCCAAAGUAUUGAAGCUGAUCAGCAGCCUUUCUGACUUUGAGUGGCUUGAACCAUAAAGUGA